UUGUCGCUCUAAGUGAACACGAAUAGUACAAUUACUUCGCGCGUCGUUGAUCAAUCGUCUUCAGUAGAUCCUUUGCAGCUCUAAUGGGCUUCCCGAGUCAUUCAGCUGCCUCGUCGGCUGUUGACGCAUGCGCAGUGAGCAGCGUCGAUCGAUGAAGCCCCGGCUGUGCGGAGCCGACGUGGCUCCACGCGGGGUAGGGACGCUCAUACUUGGACCGAACGGUCAUACUAACGGUCAUACCGCGCGGUUAUAAUGCGGCUGUCUUAGUUGAGCGGUCCGUACAUUAUGCUGAGUUUUGCUACAGGACUGAGAUCUGUAGUCCACUGGUUCGGUUGUUCUUGAUUAGCUUUGUUUUGUGAGCUAGCUUCUGAAGCGAUAUCAUCGAGGUGACAGUGCUGCACAAUGCAGCUGCCAGAUGAGAUGCUGCACAGCCAGGUGGCCGAUCAAAACAAGGACCUCCUCCUGGCCGCCGUCCGUCAGCUGAGCCUGCCCUCCGGCGGUCACGUGCUCGAGAUCGCCUCGGGCACCGGUCAGCACGUGACCCACCUGGCCGCCGGCCUUCCGGAGCUCACCUUCCAUCCUUCUGACGUGAAUACCCACAUGUUAGCCACAUUGCGAAAACGUCUGGCCGACGAGCCGCUGAACAACGUGUGUCCUCCGCGUGUCGCCGACGCCGCCGAGCCCGAUACGUGGCCCGUGCCGGGCGACACGUGCCGCACGUGUUCUCCGGACCGCACAGCGCGCUGCGAGGCGUGUCGAACCCGCGCGCACGUCCCCGGCUGGCUGGACGCGGUGCUGUGUAUCAACAUGACACACGUGGCACCUCCAGAAAGCUGGCGAGGGCUACUGACGGGUGCCGGGCGCUGGCUGCGGCCCGGUGGAGCGCUGUUGCUCUACGGGCCCUUCCAACGGGAGGGACGGAUUCCAGCCAAUCUGGAGACCUUCCAGCAGCGUCUCCAGCAGGAGAACCCGUCCUGGGGUCUGCGGGACGUCAGCGAGCUGUGUGAACACGCCGAGAGCUGUGGUCUGCGGCUGGAGUCGGAUACGCAGCCCGCGCCUAACCAGAGCCUGUUGGUGUGGAGGAGGAGGACGGCCGACCCGGGUAGCUGAGGAAAUGGAGAAAAACAGCAGCGAACUCUGCUGACUUGGAGAUGACGAGCGCCCUUCGAGGUAGCAGGAGAAUGGAAAUGACAUUGUUGGUUUGGAGAUAGUGCGCGCCAGGCCUGUGUGGCUGACGGUACAGAAGAGGAUCAGAUGGAAACCACUGUUAUGGAAACGGCAGAGAAGAGACCAACAUGCUGAGGACAUGAAGGAAGGCAUGGACAGAUGGGUUAUGUUGGCUAGGGGAUGACUUCAAUGCGUUGAAGUUCAGUGGAAUUGAUCAGUUUCAGAUCUGAUGGACAGGGCUCAGGAGAUGAAGGGGUGAAUGAUGUCAAAACCGUGCACGGUUCUGACAUCAUUCACCUUCAUGAAGGUGGUUAUCUGCGAGAUAAAUCUUGCUAAAGAGGAGCCUUGUUGGUGUCACGAAAAGGGUUGGGCAUCCUGACAAAUUGUUGGCUCUGAACGAUUCAUCCGAGAAGAAGCCGGAACUGGAUUAUAGAUACUCGUAUGGGAAGAUGUCGAUGUCUGAGCCCUUUAACAGAGCCCAGUGAUGUCAACCAUGUAAGGAGGAGUAUACCUAGAAAGGGUCAGAUGUGAUCACCUGAGGGGAUCGUCGCGGGCGACCGAGCUAGUAGUGGUGAGAGGGAACAGAGCAUCCACCGUAACUAGAUCAGAACGGAGACAACCGUCCCAUUCGACAUUCAUGGACUGAUAGUCAUCAGGCUUUUUUGCUGAUGGGACAGCUGAUAGAAAAUAGUGCCAAGGGAGUAGGUUUUUGGUAGGUAUCUAUAGCUACGCGCAAUGUUAUAAAGGCACUAUUACAUGACCUGACAACAGGAACAAGUGAAAUACUCGUAGAGUCGAAAUAUAGGCUGUCUGAAAUCGCCCCUUAAACAAGUAUCAUUAAUUCGAUGUGAGGGUUAGAGAUUGUCAGAGCUGCCAAAGUCAUGCCAGUCCUGAGAUGCCAUGCAGUUGUGUUCACUGCCGUGUAAAAUUAUCGAGACGUUCAGGUACGUUUAUAUUACAUAUGCUCGGAUGUACUGUUUAACUUGUCUUAACUUAUCAUGCUGCUUAAUGUGCAUAAUCGACACAAAGUAUUUAUAUGUGCUUAAUGUGUAUUACUGAGUGUGUUCAUCAUAACUGUUAAUUGUUAUCAGCAUGGAUGAGUAUCGUCUCAUGCAUGGUACCUGCAUUUAUGUUAUGGUAAUGUACGUAUAAAAAUGCGAUCUUACUCGGUCUCGCAGAAUCUGUAUUGUGCGUUGAUGAAAUUUGCGUGCAGCUUUGAAAGCUUCUGGCUGAAGCUCAUCUGACCAUGUGGAAAUACAUCUUUCUGUUCGCAGUCAA